UAUAUAAAGAAAAUGACAUCUCUCAUUUACUUCAAUUUGAAUCUGCCGCCAUUACCACCAGUGUUAUAGAGGGAGUUGCCUAUCGUCAUCAUACAUUAUAACAUACUCUGUGAUUACUGAUUCUAUGGGCUCUGUGAUAUUGAAAAUUCUAACCUAAUAAGUACGUGAAUUUACGACUACAAUAAUUGUGCAUUUUAUUAAGGAUAUUAUUAAAACUUGAACAAACUACCGUACAUUACCUGGAGUAAAAACUUUUAAUGUUGUUUUCUGUUUUUAUUUCAGAAUCCAACUUGAGUUUUAUUUUAAAAGUGGAGUAGAAGUACAAUUAUUAAGAUUAUUACAAAACAACAUUAAUUAUACUUCAAGAAAAUGGACAAACUAAGGUUUGAUUUUAAAAUGCGAGGGGCGUCAGAUGGAAAAACAACGAUAUUGUGCCUAACCUCAAUCGGCACGCUAGACGGUCGUUCUUUUGCAAUACCAGAUGAAUACCAACCAACGACUUUCCAAAAAGAAUUAAUAACCUCACAGGUGUAUAUCAGAAUAAAAAACACAUUGGUAAAAAGGAAUCAAUUCAGGAAAGUCUGGAUAACCUUAACAGAAAAUUUGAAAAAGGUCUAUUUUGAUGAAGACAAUAACUUAUUAUUUGAAAAUUUUUAUUUAGAGGAAAUUUCAGAAAAAAUAACUGAAACACCUACCACAAGCACCUCAGAAGAUACAAUUAAGAAGUUGCUAGAAAAAGUUCUAGAAUCUAAAGAACAAAUUUCUGAAGUUAAAAACUUAAAUAAAAUCGCUACAGAUUUCAUGAUUGAUAAAUUUGAUGAAAAAACCUCCAACGCUAACCAAUGGAUUAAUUUAUUUGAAAAAGAAUGUGUGCGCUGUACAGUGAUAGAAGAUAGGAGAAAAAUUGAAAUCUUGAAGUUUUUCCUGGAAAAAUGUAGUGCUGACUGGUACACUUCAAUGAUUUUAAAAUACUCAAUAGAAUCAGAAUGGAACAACUGGAAAAAAAUAUUUAUUGAAACGUUCGGGAACAAAGGUUGGUCUCCUAUUAGAUAUGCCUUUAAUUUCAAAUAUCAAUCUGGAUCUUUGCUGGAGUAUGCUCUAAAAAAAGAAAAAUUACUACUUCAAAUUAGAAAAUCCAUGGAUACUGCAACGCUUAUUGACCUUAUUACUAUCGGUUUACCAAACUUUGUAUCAGACAACAUUGACAGAGAAACACUUCAAGAAACUCAAGAUCUGUUCAAUGAAAUAAGUAAAUUGGAACAUCUUGUAAAAAAAUAUAGUUAUGAAAAAAAAGGGAAAACCUUUUCUGAUUCUAAACUGAAAAAAGGUGAAGAAAAAGAGCCAUGUCAAAUAUGUGUAAAGGCAAACAAAGGUAAACGUUUUCAUUCUGAAACAAAUUGCUGGUUUAGAGAAAAAGAAGACAAAAAUAACAAGAUGGGACCAUUAAAAUCUGUGAACAAUUCAGAACUAGAGGUGGAAUUAAAUACAGAGGAUCCAAAAAACUUAAAGUACCACCAUUAAUAAAAAUCAAGCUAGUACUAAAUGACACUUUAGAAACCACCGGUAUUUAUGACUCGGGAUCAAAUGUGUCAUUGAUGAAUGCAAAAUUAUUAAAAAUUAAACAAGAAAACACAGAUAAUUUACAAGGAAUAAGCUUGAAAACUAUUAAUGGUGCAGGAAAAACAAAAGGUAUGAUAACUUUAAAAGUAAAAAUUUACAAUAUUGAGAAAACUAUGAAAGUGUUUAUCGUAGACAGUGACAACUUUAAUUAUGAUUUUUUGAUUGGCUUAGACUGUAUUGAAAACUUUAAGUUGACCCAGACUGAAGAUCUAAGGAUCUUGCAAAACAAAGAUUUCCAAACACAGAAAAAUGAAAUUAACUUAAAUAAAGAGGUUGACAAUAACACAAAUGUCAGUAUUCCUGUGUUAUCAGGUGACAUAGAAGUAAAAACAAACAAUCUUAGGAAACAUGAAGUAAAUUUCAACGAACAUCUAAAUACUGAUGAAUUUAAAAUUAUAGUAAAUCAUUUAGAUGUGUAUAAACAGUCUGAAAUCGACAAAUUAUUGAAGAAAUACAAGUCAGUAUUUGCUAAAGACAAAUAUGAUAUCGGUACUGUUAAAGAAUAUGAAGCUCACAUAGAUCUAAUGGAAGAAAAAUACUGUUAUAAACGUCCUUACAGAUGCACAUUCGAAGAUAGAAAAGAAAUAGAGAAUCAAGUGGUAAAAUUACUGGAAAAGGGGCUUAUUGAAGAAUCAUACAGCCCUUUUGCUGCUCCAGUUACUCUGGCAUUUAAGAAAGAAGAAAAUAAAAAAACCAGAAUGUGUAUAGACUUCAGAGAUAUAAAUAAAAUUAUUACUCCUCAGUCACAGCCAUUUCCACUUAUAGAGGAUUUGAUAGUAAAAAGUGUAAACUGUGAGUACUUUACAACAUUAGAUAUAAAUUCUGCAUUUUGGUCAAUUCCCCUAAGGAUUCAAGAUAGACCUAAAACAGCAUUUGUAACACAAGAGGGCCAUUUUCAGUGGUCCUGUCUCCCUUUUGGAUUAAAAACAGCACCAGCAAUUUUCCAACGAAUAUUGAAUAAUAUAAUAAGAAAAUACAAACUUAAUGAUUUUGUAGCAUCUUUCAUAGAUGAUAUAUUAGUUUUUUCACAAGAUUUUAGUCAGCAUAUACAGCAUCUAUCAAGACUAUUAGAAGCAAUUCACAAUGAGGGAUUUAGACUAAAAUUUUCAAAAUGCUCAUUUGCUAAAAAUUAUGCAAAACACUUGGGUCAUAUUAUUGAAAAGAACUCAGUAAGACCACUGAAAGAUUACCUAAUCGCAGUGAAAAAUUUUCCAGUUCCGGAAACAAGGAAAAAUAUAAGACAAUUUCUUGGGAAAAUCAACUAUCACCAUAAAUUUAUACCAAGCUUGGCACAAAUCUCAAACCCAUUACACAAUCUACUGAGGAAAAAUGUAAGUUUUGUUUGGUCAAAAGAUUGUCAAGAAUCAUUUGAGAAAAUUAAAACAUUACUUUGUUCGGAACCAGUACUAAAAAUUUUUGACCCCAAUAUUCCAAUCAAAAUUUAUACUGAUGCUUGUAUCAAUGAAAUUGGAGCUGUACUGAAGCAAGAAGAUGAAAAUAAGAAUUAUAAACCAGUAGCAUAUUUUUCAAGAAAACUGAAUGAUGCUCAAAAAAAGAAAAAAGCAAUAUAUCUUGAAUGCUUAGCAAUUAAAGAAGCAGUGAAAUAUUGGCAACACUGGUUAUUUGGAAAACAAUUCACUGUAUACACAGACCACAAACCUUUGGAAAACUUAAAUGUAAAAUCUAGAACAGAUGAAGAAUUGGGGGAUUUAACUUAUUACCUAUCACAAUAUGAUUUCAAAAUAAAAUACAAUCCGGGAAUAUCGAAUCAGGAAGCUGACUGCCUAAGCAGAAAUCCAGUUUUAGAAUUUGAUGAUAAUACAGAUGAUAUUCUGAAAGUCAUAAAUCUAGUAAGUCUGGAAGACAUAAAAAAUGACCAAAACCAGAACAUGGAAUUACAGGAAAAGAAAAGAAAAUUUAUAUUAAAAAAUGACAUUUAUUAUAAAAAAUUAAAAAGUAGAAAUAAAAUAGUAUUGUCUGAAAAUCUAAGUAAAAUAUUAAUAAAAGAUAUACAUGAGACUUACUGUCACUUGGGAAGAUCGCAAAUGAUUAACAAGAUAACCCCAUUUUAUUCUGCGAGAAAUAUGAUAAUGAAUAUAAAAAAAGAGUGUGAUAAUUGUUCUAUAUGUAAGAAAAACAAGUCGAGAAAUAAAACAAAAUAUGGGCAUCUAUCACAUCUAGGUCCAGCCACUUACCCAUUUCAAAUCAUGUCCAUUGAUACCAUUGGAGGAUUUGGAGGAUCGCGAUCAACGAAAAAGUAUUUGCAUCUAUUAGUUGAUCACUUUACAAGAUAUGCUUACAUACUAACGUCAAAAAACUAAAACGCCACUGACUUCAUAAAACUAGUUACAAAAAUCACAGAAAGUAAUGAUAUAGACACAAUAUUAUCAGACCAACAUCCUGGCAUUAAUUCUAAACAAUUUAAAAAUUUUCUAGAGGAGAACAAAAUAAAGUUGAUUUUUACUGCAGUAGAUGCCCCAUUUUCGAAUGGCCUCAAUGAAAGACUAAACCAGACUCUGGUAAAUAAAAUAAGAUGCAAAGUAAAUGAGAACAACAAAAAAAAAGCAUGGACAGCCAUCGCUCAAGAAU